UCUGCCUCACUAACCACUCACAGUCCGACUGAGCAAGUACCCAGCUGGAAACUGAGAGGAAAUACAAAACUUUAUCGACUCAAUUCGUCGCUUCUGAUAGGUUCGUUUGUUUAAUUCAACAGCAUGAAGGAAAGGAGACUCACGCAGCCGUUUGUCGCCAGGUGUAAACUCGUGCUGGUCGGGGACGUCCAAUGCGGUAAAACAGCGAUGUUACAAGUCCUGGCCAAAGACUGCUAUCCAGAGACUUAUGUUCCUACUGUGUUUGAGAACUACACAGCCUGUUUGGAGCUUGAAGAUCAGCGUGUUGAGCUCAGCCUUUGGGACACAUCAGGCUCCCCAUACUACGACAACGUGAGACCCCUCUGCUACAGUGACUCAGACGCUGUGCUUCUAUGUUUUGACAUCAGCCGUCCAGACAUAGUAGAGAGUGCCCUGAAGAAGUGGAAAGCAGAGAUCCAGGACUUCUGUCCCAGCACACGGAUCCUAUUAAUAGGCUGCAAGACAGACCUGCGCACAGACGUAUGCACACGUAUGGAGCUGUCCAAUCAGAAACAGACACCCAUCUCCCAUGAACAGGGGUCGUCCUUGGCGAAGCAGUGUGGAGCAGAGACAUACCUGGAAUGCUCCGCCUUCACAUCAGAGAAGAGCAUCCACAGCGUUUUCCGUACCGCGGCUCUGGCCUGCAUGAACAAACUACAGCCUGCUGAGAAACCCAGCCCCGUCCGCCGCCUUUCCAAGAGACUCCUACACCUGCCAAGCAAGACAGAGCUCCUCUCCUCCACGUUCAGCAAAGACAAGUCCAAGAGCUGCUCCAUCAUGUGAAUACUGCUGAGAUCCAGCUGCAAGUUUAAAAAAAAAAAAAAGCAAAAAAAAAAAAAAGCAAGGGCAAGCAGGUUGCAGAUGGUUCAACUGAGUGUGUAAAGUAAAGAGAGUCUCAAAUCUCUUUCUCUUCUUUGCAACACCCAACUCUCCAUGAACCAUUUUCUACACAAUGACCAACUCUGACACUGAACUUUCCAUCAUGAUUUAUCACCAGCACACAGUGCAGAGACUGACUGAACAAAAUCUAAUGUUGAAAUAUGUGCAAUCAGUUAAAUACACCUCUACAUGAGGGGCAUACCUUGCACUUUAAUGUAUUGCUUCCUCUCUUAAAGGUGGCUGUGAGUGACGUAAGGUCAGUGCCUCGUCUAUUCUGCAAAGGAAAGUGGUUGUAAACACUGCAUCUGACCACAUUACACUGAUGAGACCCAUAUGAAAUUCUUAUGGAUGCGCCCUCUCCCAUCCAUCUCUUUAGCUGAAUGUCUCCUUAAGGUCACGAUGCGAGCUGAGCCAUAAGAUGUAAAUCUGACAGUGACAGUAUCCACAGAAAUGCAGCUUGGUAGAAUUCACAACAGCGACCCUUGAAAAUAUUAUCCCUCGCUGACCCCUCAACGUUUUCUCAUCUGGAAAUUAGAGCUGACAGUGAAGAAAAGGGAAGAGAGAGAAAGGAGGGAUUUGGCAAGUGGGAGCAGUCAUUUGCAAAGACAGUGGGAGGGUGAACAGAGGGCGCAUCUGAAGCAGCACAGUGUGACUCAGCACUCACAUGAGCCACCGAAAAGUAGUCUAGGGUGGAAGUGUUGUGACAAAAAUACACACAAACGCCUGGCCCAUUCAAGGACUGUCCUAGCAUGUUUCCGACAGAUCAGACACCCAUCACCACGGCAGUGUCAACUUUCAGUGUUAUGAACCCUGAACCAUACGGCUUAAUAAUGUGAAAGGAAAGAUGAAUCCAGUCACUGUCUCUGCUAAAAUGUAAAAAAAAAACUGUUUUCUUUUUACAAAAUUUGAACUAGAAUGAUUUUUCUUACGUUCCUAAUAAAGUGUUAACAUCUUUGUUUUUAAAUCCUUUUCCUCAUGAUUGUAUGAAGGAAAAUAGUCCUCAAUUUUGAGCUGUAAAUGUGCCACCAUACUUUGUCAACAGUUAUUCAAAUUUCAACUGCUGCCAUUUCCAGGAUUGUGAAAGUAGAGUUGAAUCACAAACAGGCUGGUCCUGUCUGGAGAGAGUUUUUUUUUUCUUUCUCUUUUUAUGCAUUGAAAAUAUCUUUGUCUAUUUUUUUGCAAUUUCUCUAAAAGUUUCGAGUCAACGUUUUGUCCAGUAUUAAAUCGUUUGUUGUUUUUUUUUCUUGAUGUUUUUACUUGCUUGUUGGUGUUUUUUUAGUAGCCGUUGUUCAAGUAUUCACUUGAGUCUUCUGGCAUUAGCAGCUGUUGACAGCUCAGCUAAUGGAGGACUUGAUGAUUAGUGGGUCUGCACCAAGGAGCCCUGAAUCCUCUGGAUGUACCAACACUGGAAUUUAAGGUGUUGCCUAGUAACAGUGUGAGAAAGGGGGGGCAGGCCUGAAGUUCACACCUAACACAGAGAGAGAGAGAGAGAGGGAGGGGCGGCUCUCCGAGAGGGCGCUUCACCUUUUAUUUGUAGCAUUAGAGGGAAGCCACUGUGAGGCUGACGGGUUGGACAUUGCAGCGAGUAGCGACUGCUUGGGAUCUCUGGGUGACUUUUAAAGACCCCCCUGGUUGGAGCCACGAGUGGGUUGUUGAAAACAGCAUGCAAUCUAAAACAUGCCUCUGUAGCUCAGCUUCAGUCAUUAUUUCUUACUUUUCAUUCCUGUCUGGUGCAUUGUGCUUAACAAGCUUACUUUGGUUCAAUAAGCAGCUGUCAGUUCAGUUUCUUCUGCUUGGUUUUUGACAGUUUUUUUUUUUUUGUACAUAUCUUUCCCCAUAAAGCUGUUCAGUAGAAAUAAUGAAAGAGAAUGUUACUGAAGCAAAAACACAAUGCCUGUGUGAAGUUGCCUUUGAUGGCUUAAAUUAUGGAGUGAAUUCUGUAUUUGUUAAUGUCGACUUCUUUCUUUUAACCUUUAUUUAAAUAAAUAUGUCUGAAAUUCA